AUUAAGCCUCAUAUACUAUUUAUUAAAAAAAACUGUCUUGGAUAAACCAAAAAGUUUUUACAAUCUAUAAAAAAGUCAGCAGCUUAUUAAUGUAUAAAUCUAUAAAACUUCGUGAUGUUAUAGUAUAGAUACCCAUUUUGUGAAUAAUAGUAUUACGAUUCUGUUAACUUUUAUCUAUUUCUGCAUAAUAUUACAUUUAAAUAAGAUGUUUAUUUUUAUGUAAUAUAGUUUAAUUUGCAAUAGAAGAUAAGUAUUUAAUAUAUAGUAAGAAUUUAGAUAUUAUAAACAUGUGAUAAUCUCCUCCAAUAGUUUAUUGAAAAUAAUCAACAGUUAGCGGGCAACUCACAAUACACAAUGUCGUAUAAUUAGUUGCAUAUACUGCACAUCUAUUUAUAAUUUCACUAAUUGUGCUUCUACUUACUUCAACGGGUGUAUAAACAAGUAUUUUAUAAAUAACGUAUUUUUUAUUAUUUGAUAUUAUUAGUUCAAAUUUUUGGUAUCCAUAUAAGUAUUUUUUGUCAUACAUGGAAAUAAAUUGUUGAUUCUUCAAUCUCUUUUCUGUCGGCUCGCUGUGUGUUCAAGUUAUUUGACAAUCUAACUUUUCUUAUUAAAGUAUAUUUUGCUACUUUUAUUACGUAGAUUGAUAACUCUUUGAUAACAUUUUUCAAACAUUACACCUAAGAUUAUAGACUCAAUAUGUCCAUGUGAAUUUCAAAUAUUUAUAUUUCACGGUAGAGGCAGCUUUGACACUUUUACCCAUCACCAACAAACAUAAAUGUUAAACAUGAGAUAUCGAAUAAAUAGUUGAAAGUGAGAGAUAAUAAUUAUAAUAUAAAUGUAAAUUGUCCUUGUGUGAACCUUAAUACUUUAUUUAGAUUUCUUAUAUCGUUUGAUAAAAAUGUUGCAUAAUAUUUAUUUGGGUAAUAUGCCAAAAUAAUAAGCAUUUAUGACAUUACUGAUAAUACAAAUGUACAUUCUGUUAGAUUCAUUCAAUUUUGUGAUUUAAAAAUGAUAGAUUUUAUUGUAGUAAUCUUUUUGUCAUCGGGAAUUUUGGAAGUUUUAAUUAUAUGAAAUUUUUAUCGAUGAUUCAUUUUAUUAUAAAAAGGAGGGAUAUUCCACGAGUAUUAUUGCAAGGUCAACCAAUUAAUUUUCGUUUGUUUAUAAAUUUAGUCUUGUAGUGUCUUGUACGAUGGAUUGAAUUUAAUCUAUAUGUAAUUGUUCAGUGACAUGUCAACAUCAUGAAUCAUGUAUGAAGAUAAAAUUAAAUUUAAAUUAUUUUGUGUGUAUUAUCUCUAAUGAUUAUCAGUAGAACGUUAUAUUUUACUUAAGAAAAUUGCCUCUCAUCAAAAUUUUAUUAAACAAAUUAAAAUUAAACGAACCAAAUGGAAACUGAAAUGACGGAAACUGACUUUAACAGCGGGAGAUGUGGAUACUGGACGAAAUUUUCUGAAACAAAGUUGAUCCAAGUUGAAAAAAAGAUCUUGAAUGUACUUAAAACAGCUUAUCGCACUUGGUUUGUACCUAUUGGAAGCACUGUUGGCAAAGAUGACAAAAUAUGGACGAUAGCCUUAAAUGAAGAAUCUCAUAAUACACCGCUGGUUAUGCUACAUGGAUUUGCAGCUGGUUUAUGUUUUUGGAUACUCAAUUUCGAUGAACUGUCUAAAAACAGACCUGUGUAUGCUAUAGAUUUAUUAGGAUUUGGUAGAUCGUCGAGACCAAAAUUUAAUUCCAAUUCCCAAGAAGCCGAACAGCAAAUGGUAGCGUCUAUAGAAGAAUGGCGGAAACAAAUGCAAUUAGAAAGAUUCAUUCUUUUAGGGCAUAGUUUUGGCGGUUAUUUAGCUACAAGUUAUGCAAUUACCUAUCCGGAUAGAGUGAAACAUUUAAUACUUGCAGAUCCUUGGGGAUUUCAAGAACGACCAGCUAAAUUGAAUGUUCCACUUGCUUGGAAAUUAUUGGCCGUAGUAUUCUAUCCACUCACAUGGUUCAAUCCGUUAGCCGGCAUUAGAGCGGCCGGACCGAUGGGACCAUGGUUGGUUAGUAAAGUUCGAAAUGAUAUAUCAGCGAAAUAUAGUGAUGCGGUUGACAAUACCGACCUUAUAACUGAAUAUAUUUACCACUGCAAUACUCAAAAACCAUCAGGUGAGGCAGCUUUCCAUUCAAUGAAGCAAGGCAUAGCUUGGGCUAAAAAUCCUAUGAUGCGAAGGUAUCACACUUUGAGUAAAACUGUACCUCUAACUGUGAUUUACGGAGAAAAGUCGUGGGUGAGGAAAACUCCAACUGAAGAUCUGAUAAAACAAAGACCUCAGUCUUACGUUAGGACAGAGAUUAUCCCAAACGCGGGGCAUCACAUAAACGCUGAUCAACCGACAAUUUUUAACCAACUCGUAUCAAAAGUGUGCCAACUCUGUGAUAAUUCUGAAGAUAUUUAUAUUGAAUCUGAGGAUAAAGAUAAUCCAUCGGAUCCGGCUUUUGAUGUAAACGAAUGGAAUAAAAAAAACGAAUUUUUAAUUGAAGAAGAUGAAUUUAAUGGAAUGCAAGUUAUAAACACAAAAUUAUAAAAUGGGAUGAUUGUUUUAUAGGUAAUACAAACUGAUAAUUUAAUGAUAAAGAGUAAUUUUUCUUCAAAUCUAUUUAAUAAAUAUUUUUAUGCUGUAAUAAGUGAAUACUGAUAUUUAUCAAAUGUAUCCAGCAGUAUUUGAUAUAGUUGAUUAGCAAUGUUUUGAAUGAAUGUUUUCGUUCAAAUUGUUAGGAGAGUUUUUGAAAUUUAACUUUGAGAGUUAUGCGACAAACCGAAAAGACUUUUUUACACUUUAUAUUCCUUUCUAGUUUCAAAACUCAAAAGGGCUAUAAUUAUUUAGUUAUAAAAAAUAUCUGAUUCUUGCCACCGUCGUUUCUAGUCAUUGCAUAUUCCUUUUAUUUACAUUUGAGGGGGUAUACUGGUUUAGAUGCCUAAAUUUUUGAAAGCAACGCAAAAAAACCUUUUUGACCUUUUAAGAAUAUAAAAAAAUUUUGAAAAAAAAAUCAGAAUCACAUGCCGAUAAAAUGGGGGCCACGAUGCACCCCGGUUGACAUGUUUGUUUCCAGCACUUGUAGUGAUCUGGAUCAAAAAAAUUUGAAAAACUUUUAAUAUGUAAAGAUGUCGCUAUCGCUUAGCAAUAAAAAUUGAAUUUUUUUAAAAUCCAGAGCAGACACAAUAGAGAAAUAUAUAAAAAAUAUUUCCACCAAAUUUUAAAGGAAUCGGUCGGGUAGAACUUGAGAUAUCAUGUCAACCACCAGUAUCUUCGAAAAGCGAAUUUUUGAAAAUCCGGUUAAGGACAUAUUUUAAGCUUUGAAAAUAUGCAAAAAAUCGAUUUUUUCAAAUACCCCCAUAACUGUCUAGGAUUUCAUUCCAUUAAUGAUGCUCUGUAAUAUUGGUUACAAGUUUUCAAAAAAUGGUAAAGCAAUUAAUAAUAAAAUUUCAUUUUAUAUGUAGGAAAUUAUUUUUUAAGCCAAUGUAUAUCUCUAAUAAAAUAUUUAUUUCAUUUCA